CUCUUCCUCAUCCAGUUCAUGCGAGAUGUGUGAGUGCUCUCACUCACGUCAUCCUCAACCACCACCCAGCUGCUUUCCCCUCCUCUUAAUCCCCACCGAGACAAAUCCAUCAAACCCUAGUCCUCCUCCUCAUCUGCGCCGCCGGCCGCCGUCCUCCCUUUGUUUCUUCCCGUCUUCCAAGCGAGAACAGAGAGCAGAGAAGAGGUGUCUGCAAAUUCAGUUAAAUAUCCUGUUAACAUCGAGAAAAUCCGCCGAGGAAACCUCUCCUUCCCGCUGCCUCCCGGCGUCCUCUCCGCCGCCUGAGUGCGGGAAUGGAGCCACCACGUCAAGGCCGUCUCCCUCGCAGCAGAACCAGGACUGGAGCCGCUCGGAAUCUUCGUCGACAUCAAGGUCUUCCUCCUGAAACGCUGUCCGUGUUCGCGGACCUUGCUCUGCACCGCGUCAACAAAUCCAGCCUUCCCCAACCAGUACGACUCCAGCAGCAUCCUCCUGCAUUUGCUUCUUCCCGGAUAGGAUCGCGAAGUGGUGUGGUGAGAUACGACAAGUUCUCCGGAUGUCCCUCGACAAGCUUUAACAGGUAUGAAGAUAUGUUCGAUGAAGACGACGUUAGCAAGGUUACCCUUCCGGCUUGGCCUGGGCAGGGUUAUGGACGCCACUGGUUACCUUCAGGACUCUUAGUCCAAUUUGUAUCUUGUCCGUACUCGGACGUAUUUGAUCUUCUGUAUGAUUUGGAUCUUUGUAUGUGUUAUCACCGGAAUUUGACCAGGUCAGAGGUGGGCCGCGAUCAAGAUGGACUUGAAGAAUAUUUAUAGAAGAAAUACGUGAAUCGGCCUUACAUGCAAAGUUUGGGCUAGUUUGCCCUUGUAUCUGUAACAUAUUAGAUUACGUGUCGGUUAGGAGUUAGAGUUUUACCCGUGCACGGUUAGGUGCACGCCUGAAUUAGGAAGUCCCUUGGACUAUAUAUAUGUAUCUAGGGUUUAUGGAAUAAACAACAACCAACGUUCAACACAAACAAAUCUCGGCGCAUCGCCAACUCCUUCGUCUCGAGGGUUUCUCCGGUAAGCACCAUGCUGCCUAGAUCGCAUCUUGCGAUCUAGGCAGCACAAGCCUACCCACGUUGUUCAUGCGUUGCUCGUGCUGAAGCCUUUUUGAUGGCGAGCAACGUAGUUAUCUUAGAUGUGUUAGGGUUUGCAUUGUUCUUCGUAUCAUAUGCUGUCGUAGUGCAACCCUCAUGCAUCUAGCCGCCCUUACACCUAUCUUAGGUGUAGGGGCGGCACCCCGCUUGAUCAUAGUUUAGUAGAUCUGAUCCGUUACGGUUGCUCCUUGUUCUGCAAGGAUUAGUUUAACAUCCGCAAUAGUUAGGCCCUACAAAGGGUUGGAGGAUCCAGCGGCGUGUAGGGUGAAGUUUGCUAGCCCUAGAA